GUGAAAGCAAACACUUCUAGCUGAAAUACCGAAGAAAGAACGAAGUCUUUCAAGAUCGGCCGGGAAAACAACGACUGUUUUCUUCCUCUCAUACUGUAGUUUCUAUUGAUAUUCAUGACAUAUCGGUAGUCUAAACACGAAUACAACAACUUCAUCAACGGAUACUUUGAUUUCAUUCUACGGACAGACAAUCACGCAUAAAGACACGCACACAGACACGCAUACAGACACAGACACGGACACGGACAAAGCACCAUGGCUUCUUCCUCUACCGAGCAGCAGCAACAGGCGUCGUUGAAUUCGCUGUUCCCCGACACUAACACCAUAGAUUCGAUUUGCAUCGGCUCCGGAAGGUUUUUGAGAGCCGUGUUGGUUCCGGCCCUGGCCGCUGCAGGAUACCAUCCGGCCGUCGUCCAAACCCGAAGCCGGGGGUUCCUCGAUCAUUCGCUGUCGGAGGUGGCUUCCGAGAACGGCAACAGUUCUUGGGCGUUUUCAUACGAGGUCGACACGGUCAAUUUCGACGGGAGCAUCGAAACCACCAACGUUCCCUGCUGGGGUGCUGGGACGCUGGGGAGUCCCGAGGGGAAAAAAGACGUCCUAGAGCUCUGUGCGAGCGGUCUCUUGCUGUCCGACGAGAAGCCUCUGGUUCUUGGGCUCGGGGUCACGGAGGCCGGAUUGUCGAGUUCGUCGACAAAAGUAAUGGGCGACCUCUACGACGUCCUGGGUUCUCUGGCAACACGGAAGGCACCGCCCAAACAAAUCUCCGUCAUCAACACGGACAACGUGUCACAGAACGGCGACGUCAUUCGAGGAUUCAUGGAGGAGCUAGCUACGAACGACGGCUCCACUCGUUCCGCUGCCAUGCGGCAGUUCUUGGCCGAUUCGGUGGUCUUUCACAACACGAUGGUCGAUCGGAUCACCUCCCAGCGCCCCGGCUCCGAUGGGCUUGUCCCGAGGGCCGAGCCAACGCCGCUCAAGGCCCUGGUCAUCGAGGACCUUCGCCUUUGCCUGCCGCAAUCCUUUCGCGAGACCGACGGGGAGCUCUUCCGGCGGUUCGGUGUGGUCGUCCGAUCCUCGCACAAGGGACAGCUGGACGCCGACAUUGCCCUCAAGCUGCGGGUGGCCAACGGAACCCACACGGCAAUCGCUCACGCCAUGGCCCUGUCGGGCCUCCCGAAAACGGACGCCCUGGUGUCCGGGACGGCGGCGUCGAAACUCCUGGUGGGAUACCUCGACUCCUUUUUCGAGCACCAGAUUCGAGCAGGCGUCGUUGCCACCGACGACUUCGACGCCGCUCCCGGCGAGGCGGAGGCCGUCUACGGCGACUGGAGGAAGCGCCUGACCCACGCCCACUUUGGGCUGUCGACCUUUUUCAUCACCCAGAACGGCGCGGCCAAGGGGGGAAUCCGCAUCGGGCCGACCGUGGGGGACCUGCUCGGGCACGGCCUGCCGGUGGCGUGUUCCACCGCCUUUGCCCUCGCGGCGAUCCUGCGGUUCCUGACCCCGGCGCACGAACGCGGUGCGAGCAGCGGCAGCAGCGGCGUGUAUCGGGGGUGGCUGGACGGCGGCGGGGCAACCCCGAACGAGGAACAACGAGCCGUGGCCUACGCCGACGGCCUGUCCUACGAUCUGGGAGAGGGGUGGUACGAGUUUCGGUGCGACUGCGGCGUGGAGUUGGACGGAGAACCGACGCCGCUCCCGGUGGCCCUGGCGGCAGCCGUGCACAGCGGCGGUCCCCGCCAGCCGCCGUCCUACGAGGCCGUCGUCGGUGCCUACCUGCGGGCACCCAAGGGGGGGAACCUCUCGGCCGUGGCCCGCUCGGCUCCCGGCUCGUUUUCUGCCCUCGCCGGGGCGGUGGCGGCGCUCUACGCUCGAAUGGUGGCGGGGGACGCAGCGAUCGAUGUCCUGGGCGGACUGGACCUGGAGGCGAGCUGCGAUUGCCUGGUGGACGGUAAGUGAGUUGCUAGUUGGGAACAAGGAAUCCUUUUGUGUUGUUGCUUUGGGCGUGCCGUGCCGUGCCGUGCCUUGCUGCACAAUUCCAUGCAGUACAACAAUGCGGUGAUUGKAACGCAGCACGAAAUUGAAGAUUGGCUUCAACGAAUGCUCGAUCCAACCGGACACGAAAUCCAAUUAUCAGCAUAAACUAUAACCUCAACAAUUAUUACGAUGCUUUUUCAUCCCGUAGGCGUCGGCAGUCAUCAUAGAUUCGAUGAUAGUUCCCCUCUCCACUACAAAAAGGCCUCUAUUCCAGAUGAUAGCCGACUGAUGAAGACAAGGAUUGGUCGGAGGGACCGCGAGACCAUACCCGCGGUUGUCUUCUCGGAGGUAUCCUCGGUCGUCGCCAUCGAUCUGCACACCCAUCUUCUCCCUCCUACGCACGGGCCAUUGUGCCUCUGGGGGAUCGACGAAUUGCUCACCUACCAUUAUUUAGUUGCGGAAUACUUUGUCACAGCUCCCCCCUCGAUUACACCAGAAAGUUUCUAUGCCCUCAGCAAACAGAAACAGGCCGAUUUGAUCUGGAGGGCCUUGUUCAUCGACCGCUCUCCGAUCUCGGAGGCUUGCCGCGGGGUCAUCACAACGUGUGUCACCCUCGGGCUUGCAACCGAGAUCGAGAACCGCGAUCUGGAGGCGAUCCGGGAGUUUUACCGAACGUUUCGCAAGAAGGGCCUCGAGGGAACCGAGUCGUUCUCCAAACUGGUCUUUGAACUGGCCGGAGUGAAGCACGCUAUCAUGACCAACAUUCCCUUCGAGCCUACCGAAACGAGACACUGGAGGCCAACUCCUAAGGAGUAUUCCUCCCAUUUUCGUUCGGCAUGCCGCAUCGAUCCGUUUUUGGCCGGAAACCAAAAGGUUGUGGAGGCUACCCUGGCUGCUUCCGGCUACGAUGUGACCCUAGAAGGAGCACGACAAUUCCUGCGCGACUGGUGUGACACCAUGAAGCCAGAAUACGUAAUGGCUUCUACGCCCCACGAUUUCGUCUUGCCCGAGGAUAGGGGAUCUUCCGAACCCCGAGGGGAGAAAACCGGCGUGAACGAAGAAGCAAUGAGGGAGCCCUUUGCCUUCGCAACCCUCGCCGCCUCGUCCAGGAACGAUGCGGAGUGCAACGAGGGCGGCGCAGUCGAUGAGCUGCCGAGCGUGAUCGACGAAGACAGUGACUUUCUUGUGGACGUUUUGAUGAGGGUUUGCGAAGAACGGGAUCUCCCCAUCGCCCUCAAGAUCGGAGCGCACAGGGAGGUUAAUCCGAGCCUCCUCCAGGCCGGAGACGGAGUGGUCGCCUUUGCCGAUGCGGGCGUCCUGGCACGACUCUGCACUCGCUUUCCAAAGGUUCGCUUCUUGGCCACAUUUUUGUCGCGUACCAACCAGCACGAGGCCUGCGUACUAGCCACCAAGUUUCGCAAUCUGCACCUGUACGGCUGCUGGUGGUUCUGCAACAACCCGUCCAUUAUAAGGGAGAUGACGGCCAUGCGAAUCGAGAUGCUYGGAACGGCCUUUACGGCUCAACACUCAGACAGUCGCGUCCUCGACCAGCUUCUCUACAAGUGGCCCCACUCGAGGGCGGUCAUUGCGGCCGUCCUAGCUAGUGAAUACCAGAAAUGUGUGGACUCGGGGUGGUCUAUGACGCGGGAAGAGCUGAGGAGAGACAUCCGCCGUCUUUUUGGAUCGAGCUACGAAGAAUUUAUGGCGAAAAGCUUGGUGUAGCUGGUUUCAAAGGAGCACACUGAGCUACUUUUGAGCUUGGAAUGGUUGUCUAGAUGUAAUGAAGAGCAGGGAGGAAACUGACUCCCAUCCAGAAACUACUAUUCAUAGUACGGUAUUCUGCUCCCAACCCAAAUCAACUUAGUUAUUUAUC